CAAAUCUUAAAAUCCAAAAAUACCUACAAUGUACGAUCGUCAGUGUUGAAGCGUCUCGAAAAAACCUCUUUGGACAAGAGAAUCAAAGUCCUUCGUGGACGAAGCUGCGAUACACUGAAAAUAGUAUCAGCCAAGUCUAGUUCUGGUGAAAGAAUGGCCUAGUCUGCAGGCAACACAAGAGGGCACAGCCAAUGCACAGCCUUCCCGCCGCCGGGUGCCGAUUGCUUCGGAGCCGGACAGCAUUCCCGAACACACCAUCCUCGUAGGUUCCUGUGGAAGGAUUCAAAAAGAUCUAGACCUAGGUUGAUGAGUUCCUAGAUGUAUUGGCUUCUAAAGCGCAGAUCAGCAGUAAGCACUUACGAACAAGACUUUGGAUGCGGUAGCAUUAGGCCCCCCUAUCAACUCAAGAAACCUCAGCCAUUCUCAUCUUAGCAUCCGAUGAUCCGGAAAGCUGGACCACACGGCAGACUACUGGCACGUGGAAAAUCUAGGCCACAGCAGAAAGAAGGAGAGAAAGAUGAAAUCAGAGGAAAAGACGGGAGAAAUGAAAUGAUUUUGGGCCGAGGCACUAGCUUCAGUUCCUAGGCUGUAGUCAACUGCGCGCAAUUUAGGCCUCCGUGUCGUGGUACAGGCUACAACAUAGCCAUGUGAGACGAUAAAACAACAGACAGGUUCAAUCUGUGCAAAUUUUACGAUACGCUAGACUCGUCACACCAAGAUACUCAAAACGAAUUUGUUGUUGUGAAACUUUUAAUCUUUCUGCGAGAUAUGAGAUAGAAGGGGACAGAAAGGGGCGUUGUUUUUUGUGUUUGUUCUUCUUCCGCGGCGAGACAGCUAUAGUUUAUCUUUGCAUGACACCAGCAAAGAAAGGGGUUUUGCGCCGUUGCUCAUUAUCUCAGCGGGCCGAAAUGCAAAAAGAAAAGGUGCAAGGUCGUGAAUCAAGCCCUAUGAGGAAUCAAGAGACGCUAAGACGUAAGCUUAAUGAAGCCGGCGCUACGGAGCAAGGUCGCGGGAGUUAUUUCAAUGCUGGUCCCCCGGGCAAGGAUGGUCACUUCCAACAAAAGAUUAAGGUUGCCGCCUUCAAACACGGGGCAGAGACUUGGGACGAGCCAGUGCUGACUCGCUGUGUUGACGGGGAGCGGCGGCAAGGAAAGUCCCACAAGAGUACCUGA